AAUUAAGAUGACUUCAACUCCCGACUUCGGCAUAACCGAAGUUGUUUGCGAGUAAAGAUUUUCUUGAAAACGGAUCGCAGAGUAAAUGGAUAUAAAGUAAAUUGGAAUAAAAAUAAAAUAAUUAUUUCUUAACAGAUAAAAACGGACAAAUAAUUGUUUACCAUAAAUGUGACAUUUCGUAAGAUGAGAGCAAGAAUUACAUACCUUACAUGUUUUAUAAAUAAUCUAUCGCCUUCAAGAUUUUAAAUCAGAACUUUCGGUUCUCGAUGUUUUCGAUGGAAAAUUAUGAAAUUUUUGUUUUCAGUAGAAUUGCAAUACAUUUUAAUUUUCUUAGCGGAGAGACAGACCGAGAUAUCUUCGCGCGUAUUGUCCAUACUUGCGACUAACUCUCCCCAAGAAUUGUUGCGCCGCGCCGCGAUGAAAGAAAGUUUCUACAAGGAUAUUUCAAUAAUGCAUCGAUCCAUCAGAAACCGAUAUUAUUUCUUUUUUUCUCUCUCUCUUCGUUUCGCCAAGCACGCAAAAGCUUCGAGUCAAAGUCUUCACGGGGCUUUCUUUUACCGAACACUGAGGCGGUACCGUAGUGCAUUAAUCAUGCAAAAUAGUCUCCGCACUUAUCGGAAGAUGCAAUAUUCAUGACGCAUCGAUUAUUCUAUAGACCCUGUGCUUAGUACGUAAAUACGUCACGUGCGAUGGUUGUAGUGAGGUUGAAAAAAUUUUUUUGAUGGAGACAAGCAGUACAUCGUCGACCUUAGGCAUGAACACUGUUAAACGUUCGGGAUACGCAGACUAUGAAUGGGCGAUAGAAUUAAAUCGCUAUAGUUUGGAAUUCAUCGGUCUGUGGCCGAAAAUGGAAGAAACGGCGCGAGAAAAAGUAAUAGCUAACAUACGAGUGUUUCUAUUGAUAAUUAUAUUAACCUUUGUUUGCGUAAUUCCCUGUAUACAUUCUCUGAUAAGAGUUUGGGGCGAUCUGAUGUCGAUGACGGACAAUUUACAGUUCACUUUACCUUUAGUGUCGAUGAUAAUGAAGCUCAUCAUCAUGUGGAGCAAAAAAGCCGCCCUUGCACCGAUCCUGUACAUGAUCGCUAAAGAUUGGCUGAGAUUGAAAUCUGACGAAGAACGGAAGGUCAUGAUAAGAUGUGCGCGGAUCCCUCGCAUGAUCAUAACCAGCGGAUUCGUCAUAAUGUCCGCGUCGUUCACUUUAUUGUUUAUUCUUCCGUGGUUCGGGAUCAGCAUGAGAUACAUGACGAAUGUGACGGAUCCGGGCAAACCGUUGCCCCUGCAGUCAUAUUACUUCUACGACACAGAUACGAGUCCGUACUUCGAGCUUACUUUCAUCGCGCAAGCUGUCACUCUCAUGGUAUCUGCUAUGGGUUACACCGCGAUUGACAGUAUGUUUGGAUUGCUGAUUUUCCAUGUGUGCGGUCAGCUGGAGAAUCUUAAGGGCCACUUAGCGACGGGCUCUGAAAAAAAUCCAAAUUUUGAUCAUGUCUUAGCGGACAUUAUAGUGGAUCAUGUACGCCUUAUCAGAUGUGUUAAUAUAAUUGAAAGUACAUUUAAUUUGAUGCUUUUUGGAUUAUUCCUCUACUUUGGAACAUUAUUUAGUCUAUAUGGAUUUUUACUAGUUACCGUUAUUACCGAUGGACGUCAUAUAUCGCUUCUAAGACUAAUAAGCCUUUUAACAGUUAUCGCUAAUAUUUUUGCACACAUGUGCUUAUAUUGCGUGGUUGGAGAAUAUCUAAUAACGCACUGCGAAGGGAUCUACAAAGCUGCAUGUGAAUAUCGUUGGUACGAAUUGGAACCAAAGCAAGCUAGAAACCUAAUGCUAUUGAUGACUCGCGCAAAUAAGCCACUUUACGUAACUGUUGGAAAAAUCUUUCCUCUAACGAUGAAUGCCUUCUGCAGCCUACUAAAAACAUCAGGCGGUUAUGUAUCGGUUUUGCUUGCACGACGUGAUUAAUGCGUAUCAUUGAAUUGCAUUAAUAAUAAUAAUGAUAAGGACAAUACAAAUAUCAUGGAUAUUGACAAAAUGCUGAACUGGAUGUUAUUUGAACUACGUUUAUAUAUUUUAAUUUCAGAUGAAUUGUAAAAAAUUACAACUCACAGUUUUCAAACAUAUUUUA